AGGGUGGUGACAACUCUCCAAAUAAAGUCAAGGCUGGAGACUAUUGUCAUUUUAGGCCCGUAGGGAAGGGACCCUUGCCGCAGGCAAUCCCGGGAUCAGGACUGGACCACACCACCCCCCCCCCCCCCUCCUGCUCCUUGCAACUCCCCAGGGGAGGUUAAGACAGCCCCCACCGAGCUCGAGCAACCCCGGGGACGUGGAGGACGCCAGAGGAAAAGAGGACCGGCCCCUCUGGGGCAGAGAGAGAGAGAGAGGUCGGUACUUGCAGUGAGUGGGCCGCCCCAUGGGUGGGAGAGACAGUGGACACCCUUGGGGUUUGUUGUAGAGUUUGUCCAUUAUUCUCUGCUUUAAAAUACAGAUCUGCUUUUGCUGGAAUUUGUUGCAUUAAGAUACAGAUCUACUUUUGCAGGAAGACAGCAUUAAAAUUCAGAUCUGCUUUGGCCGGUACUCGGUACAUUAAAAUGCCGAUCUGCCUUUGCUGGAACUUGUUGCUUCAAAAUACAGAUCUAUUUUUGCUGGAACUUGUUGCAUUAAGAUACAGGUCUGAUUUUGCUGGAACUUGUUGCAUUGAAAUACACUCAUGUUUCAUGAAACAGGUUGCCUGAUGAUACGGGUCUACUUUUGCUGGAACUUGCUGCAUUAAAAUACGGCUCUGCUUUUGCAGGAAGUUACUGCAUUAAAGUACAUAUCCGCUUUUGCCGGAACUUGGUUCAUUAAGAUACAGAUCUGUUUUUGCUGGAACUUAUUGCAUGGAAAUAUAGACUUAUUUUUGCUGAAACAUGUUGCAUUAAGAUACAGGUCUACUUUUGCUGGAACUUGCUGCACUGAAAUACAGACUUAUUUUUGCUGAAACAUGUUGAAUUAAGAACAGGUCUACGUUUGCGGGAACUUGCAUUAAAAUACAGAUCUGUUUUUGCCGGAAUUCGUUACCUUAAAAUACAGAUCUGUUUUUGCGGAGACUUGUUGCAUUAAAACAUAGAUAUAUUUUUGCUGGAACUUGUUGCAUUGAAAUACAGAUUUAUUUUUGCCGGAACUUGCUGCAUGAAGAUACAGAUCUACUUUUGCGGAACUUGUGCAUUAAAAUACAGGAACUUGUUGCGUUCGUUUGUUUAGUUUCUCCGUGGCUGGAUCCAACGACCCACAAACAAACCCCCUUGUCCCAGUGUCACUUGGGGCAUAAUUUGAUGUCGCAAAUGGGAUCCAUGGUCGUGGACGAGAAACACACCUGGGCGAUGGAGGAGCAAGGCUGGACCUCCCCACCCUGGGAUCAAUCCUCGGUCGAGGCCGCGUGGCGGAGCGAGGCCAGGUUGUAUAAUCAUUUCAAGGUCUGGCAAAUCUCCAACAAGACCAAGAAGGGGAAGGGCAAAGAGGCGUUUAUCGGUCUCCUCCUGGAGGCCCUCCGCGCCGCUAGGAAGAGCGCCCGGGACCUGGAAGAACAAGUGACUCGGUGGCGGAGACGGGUCGAGGAGGCCGAGCGAGAUGCGGCCAUGUGGAACUUCGGGGCGCUAACUGAGCGAGUGCGCCUAUUAGAGGAGAAGGUAGAGCCCAUCGUCCUGGUCCGUCUGGAGCAGCACCUACUUCAGUGCCUGAAGCAGUACCUCCAGGUCCCCAUCCCCGUCGACCAAACUAGGGCGGGCCCGGACGAGGACGACCCUGAAUGGGCCCGGCCCUCCGAGCCCGACCGCCUCCCUGGUGAGGAUGAGGAUGACCCCUGUGGAAUAGGGAAGACACCCAGGAAUACCGAUUUGGGGAGCUCCCCUACAGCCUCCGCUCGUCAGGUCGUUAAGGUGAGGGGCGUCUCGCCAGGCCUUGGAGCCCGGGGAGCGGCGGCCGGGAGGCCUGAUCGAAUGAUACCCGUGAACCGUUUUACCUGGGAGGAGUUGGUCGGCCUGCAGGAGCGGUUCCGGAAACAGCCGACCGAAAAUUGGCUGGACUGGCUCCACCGCCUGUGGAGAGGAGGGGGGACGCUGGCCCUUUUACUCCCCGAAGAGGCACGGGGUCUUCAGAUCGCCCACGGCCGGCAGUUGGCACCACCCCCGGACGCGGGGCCUACCUUUUCGCUCUGGGACAGCGCCCUCCAACUAGUCAGGGGUAUUCCUUGGGAGGACUGUGUCUGGAUGGCAGAGAGGUGGUCUACCCUAGAGCACUUGGAAAGGUUGUUGGAAAAACUGGCCAUAGAGACCCUCCUAAGGAAACAGUGGGAAGAUGGGAACGAUCCCAUGGCCCAGACCGUCUCGGUGAGCUCCGUGCAGAGGCUCGCCAGGCAGGCCGCCCCGGGAUUACCUCAACUCGUCGUGCUGAGCGCCUUCGCCCAGACCAGAGGUCCGGCUGUGGGCCACCCCACUUUCAGCGACCUCAUCUCCCAAGCCAUCAAGUACUGGGAUCUAAGUCGUCCUCCGGUUGAGAGGCGAGUCCGGGAACCGAGGACCGCUGUGGUGACUAGAGAGCGGGAGCUUGGGAGAUUUUGGUCCCCAAGUCCCAGGGCAGGCGAGACCAAGAGGAUCGAGGGGCCAGGAUGCCCCCGAGACGGACCCCGGCAGGAUAAGCGGCGGAACCUCUGGCGGUGGUUGACCCAGGAGGGGGGUUUUACGAGGGAACAGAUAGAUGGACUCCCCACCCAGGUCCUCCAACAGCUGUGGGACGGACGGUCCAGGGGGGAGGGAGAGAAGCCCUCCAGAGGGAGAAACGGGCUGGGGACCCCGAGCGACCCUUCCUCCCGGUGGUUCGAAUAGCCGAGACCAGGGUGACCCCUUCCCCAGUCCUCACCCGAGAGUUCAGAUCUUGGGGAGGGAGGUGGGUCAAUUUCCUCAUAGAAGCCGGGGCGCAGCUCUCUCUGAUCUCAGAAGGGGAUGGUGAGGGACAAUAUAACCGAAAGAGAACCGUUUUGGUCAGCGGGUUCAACGGAGGGACCCUGGGGCGGUUUGUUUCCUCCCUACCUAUGUGUCUUAGCUGUGGGCCUCCCCUCCCUCCUGGAUGUGGAUAUCUUAAAUCACACCCACAGGUUCCCAUCCAGAACAGAGGGUGGGAAAGGGGGGAGGGGUCGGACGCACUGGAGGGUCUUCACAUUCCAAACUAUCCUCACGCUUCCCCCACCCCAGGUCACCCACAGUAUAAGACAGUAUAGGAUUCCUCCGGCCGCCAAGGGGGCAAUCUCCGGGCCUGGGGAUUUAUUUGGGCCGCCCAGAUCCUGGAGAACUCCCCCAUUUGGCCGGUACUAAAGUCCAGGGGCGCCUGGCGCUUACGUGGGCGCCUGGCGCUUACGUGGCCUAGUGGAAAGAGCACAGGCUUGAGAGUCAGAGGACCUGGGUCCUAAUCCCGGCUCUGCAAGUUGCCUGCUGUGUG